GACUUUUUUUUUGUUUUUGUUUUUGUUUUUGCUCAUUAGAUAGAUUCUUACAGAGAAAUUUACAAAUAAUCCCCACGUUUCUUCUAUUGAGAGGAAACAUCAAAAGUAAACGAAGACGAAGACGACGAAGCAAGCAAACAAGUUCUGGAAGAAGACGGACGCGGUUAAAGAUUGUUAUUUGAAUUUAACUUGGAUCGAGUCUCCGGCGAAGUCGGAGGAGAGUUAUUGUUUGAACAUCGCCGGAGAUUUGAAGUUAUCGUCUGUUUCAAGGUAUUGUCGAAUUGAAAAAAGGAAUAUUCGCGGGUUUGAUUAGGUUUUUCAAAAUCUGUGUGGGAGAAGAGAUUUGUGAUAGAUGAAAGCUUUGAGAAGGAUUCAAACGACGUCUUCGUCUUCUAAUCCUUCAUCGCCAUUAUCAUCUCCUCCUACUUCGUCGUCGUCGUCUUCGUGGAUCCAUUUGCGUUCUGCUCUCUUCGUUGUUGCUUCUUCUUCUCCUGCUGCUUGUUCUUCUUCUUCUUCCGAUCGGGCUCGACUUAAAUCACCAUGGUCCCGGAGGAAGAGGAAAAGGCCACUCAGACCUAAGCAGUGGAAGAGAUUCUUUACGCCAGACGGUAGACUGCGGAAUGGAGGAGUGGAUUUAUUGAAAAAAGUUCGAAGUAGAGGUAUUGAGCCGAGCAUUCGGCUGGAGGUGUGGCCGUUCCUUCUUGGAGUGUACGGUUUUGAUAGUUCAAAAGAAGAGAGAGUCACUAUAAGAAAUCGGAGAAGAAAGGAGUAUGAGAGACUACGCAGGCAGUGCAAACGGCUUCAAAAACACAAUAACGGGACUAAUAAGUUAAACAGGGGGAGUGAUGCUAUCCAAGAUGACUACGAUUGGCCUCAAGUGCAAGACACUGACAGUACAUGUUCUGAUGAAGUCGUCAGUGCCCGCGAGUCUCUCUCAAGUGAUGAAGACAUCACUGAAGAUAUCGGGUACAUGAGUGAAGUUUCGUGUACAGUUGAGAGAGACGGCAGUAGUUCAAGGCGAAUCACCAAUGCUACUAUCUCUACACUCAAUUCCGAGUCAUCAGAUUCAGAUUCUUCAGAUGAGAGUGAAGUGGUACAGGUCUUUCAGUCUUCUGGUACUCCGGAUGUGAAUACCUAUCCAGCCAACUCAAGUAUUCCCCGGACAGAAGAGGAUUUCGUGACGUGGCAGCGUAUUAUCCGUCUAGAUGCAGUGCGCGCUAACUCAGAGUGGACCCCCUAUUCUCCAUCCCAGGCAGUUAUAUCCGAGGACAGAGCAUGUCGUGCCGCCGAAGCAGUUGGGUUAAAAGAUUAUAGUCACUUGGAACCGUAUAAAAUAUUUCAGGCUGCACGGCUUGUUGCUGUUCUUGAAGCAUACGCUUUGUAUGACCCUGACAUUGGAUAUUGCCAAGGAAUGAGCGAUCUUCUCUCUCCGAUACUCUCUGUAAUCCCUGACGACCAUGAAGUCUUUUGGUGCUUCGUCGGGUUCAUGAAGAAAGCCCGCCACAAUUUCAGACUGGACGAGGUUGGAAUCAGAAGACAACUCAACAUAGUCUCAAAGAUAAUCAAAUCCAAAGACUCUCAGCUUUACAGGCACCUAGAGAAACUCCAAGCUGAAGACUGUUUCUUUGUAUACAGAAUGGUCGUAGUGAUGUUCAGAAGAGAGCUAACACUUGACCAGACACUCUGUCUAUGGGAAGUGAUGUGGGCAGAUCAAGCCGCGAUCAGAGCCGGGAUGGGGAAAUCUGCGUGGAGCAGGAUAAGGCAGCGUGCACCUCCAACGGAUGAUUUGGUGCUCUAUGCAAUAGCAGCCUCGGUGUUGCAAAGAAGGAAACUUAUAAUAGAGAGAUAUAACAGCAUGGAUGAGAUUCUAAGGGAGUGUCAUAGUAUGGCAGGACAAUUAGAUGUGUGGAAGCUCCUGGAUGAUGCACAUGACCUCGUCGUGACUCUACACACCAAGAUUGAACAUUCAUUUUCAUAAAUUUUGAUCUCUGUUUUCUUCUGCGGGUUUGGGGGAUCCCGCGACUUGUCUAAAAUGGUUCCGUGCAGGCCCGAAUUGGGCCGUGAGCUCUAGCUGUGAAUCCUGGCCGAAAGAAAUGAGGCUAGAGAUUGAAAUGAGUUGUGGUGAAAAAGAAGAGGUGGUGUGUAUUUAAUUAAAAAUAAGUGUAUGUGUGUGUGUUGUGAAGACUGUGAAAAUGAAGAGGGUCGAGGAGGGUUUUCUAAAUUCCACAGGGAAGAGAGAUAUUCUUUACUUGAAAAUAUAUGCAUAUGGAAACAAAGCUGUGCAAAGUUGUUGGUUUCACAAGAAUGUGUGUGUGUUUCCAUGAGUAGGUGGAAUAUUAUUAAACCAGUGGGGAGAAUCUUAAACCGGGUUAAAGAAAAAAUAUGAAUGGGAAACAAGGCAUGUUGAGUUGACCGUAA